AUGGAGAUUUUUCAAGAAACAUAUGAGCAAUUAUUAAGAAGAUUAAAUGAUAACCGUGAACAACUAAGAAAAAUAGAUGAAAAGCUUUUGGAACUGAAAGCUGAUGAUCCAAAUUAUGAUAUUUUUAAAGAAGUCAGAGGCGAUUUAAUUGAAGUUAUACAGCUUGUCGAAGAAUUGAUUGAAAAUAAAAAGAAAAAUGGUGAUAACAGUUUUGAGGAUGUGAAUAUUGGAAGGAUAGUCGAAGUUUUUUAUAAAGGAAAUAAAAGAUUUGGUAGAAUUAAAUCAAGAGACCCUAUUUUAACUUCUGAUUCGAAUACCAAUAGUUAUUUAAUUUCAUUAUUUGGCAAAAAUUCAGAAACUAUUAGUUUUCAGUUUCAGGAAUUAAAGCUUUUAACACAAUUUAAGGGUUUAUCUGUGGGAGAAAAAGUUCAAGUUUUGUAUGAAGAGGAUGGUAAUUGGUAUAAUUCUGUUAUUAUUGGUUUGAAUCAAAACGGUUAUAUUAUUAAAUAUUUGGAUUAUGAUCAAGAAGAGGCUGUUACAUAUGAUAAAGUUAGAAUAAUUAACAAAAGUGUUAUAAAUAAUGCAAAUUAUGGCAAAAAUAGUCAGCAAUUAAAUUCAACAUCAAUCAUUACUACUCCUGGUGGUUACAAAAUACCUGAAAAUCUCUUAAUUAAAUCCUAUGAUUCAGAAAAGACUAAGCUUGAAAAGAAGAAAAAAGUCUCAGUUAUUAAAAAACAACAAAAGAAUGAAAUUAUUGAAACCCAAGCCAAACAGAAACAACUUUCUUGGAAGAACCAUAUCAGUAAAUUUCAAAAGAAUAGUCAAAUGAUAUAG